GGUACCCCUAUAUAGGAAGUGUUAAUUGGCAUUUCCGGUUAAUUAGUUAAUCCUUCCGGUUAAUUAGUUAAUCCUUCCGGUGACUUCCGGUAAACAAUAGGGGAGUGUUAAUGAGUUAAUUGGGGUGUCCUUCCGGCGGAAGUUACGUAAUGAGGGUACAUCCCCUGGAGGGAGUUCUUUUGUUUACAUCAUUCAUUCAUUCAUGGAGAGGUGGAGGAUGGACGUGUGUAGGGUACGAGGGACAAGGACCAAAUGACCAAACAAUGGGCCACCCGGCAUGUAUGUUGAAUGUGUGUGUUACCGACCAAUGAGAAUGCGAGGAUUUUAGAAAGGAAGUGAUGUCAGCAUAGCGCGCGUUUGUGAUUGGACGAGGUUUGUGAUGGGCGGCGCCUAGGGGGUGUAAGGGUAUAUAACGUGGGCGAGUUCGCCUCAUUUUCAUCAUAGACAUCAGCGCUAAACAAUCACGAAUCAAAAUGGCCGCCACACCAACAACACCAACCGGACCCUUCGGACUUUGCACAUCGACACCAUAUUCUUCGCCCAACAUGAUGAUGAGUACUCCACGUGUUAAGAGGGUACCAGCCAACGACUUUGAUGCCGUGGCUCGCCCAUCUGUCAAGGCCAGAGUUGAGAUGGCUAUCCCACCAACACCCUUGACGCCCGUAGGUCUACCGGGAAACAUCUUGGCACUGAAGGAUGCCAUCUACCAACUGGAACAAGAGCUGGAGAGAGAGGAUACGCUCCCCUUCGAACCCACACCCAGCGUGAAAGCUCCAACACCAAGCAGCUGGGCACCAAGACGGGAGAUGGAGAAACCAGUCAACAUAGACAUGAAAGACAUCAAGAAAGUCCUGACGUACGAAGACAAUGAAGAUGGUGAUGUCAUCAUGAUCGAGGACGAUGAGGAGGAAAGGGAGGAAGGAGAGAUCAUCGAGAUGGAGGCAUCUCAAAGGCGCGACAUCAGCGAAGACUUGCCGGUGGCACCUGUCCUCAUGGCCGUGAAGGCCCUCUCCUCUAUCAUUCAUAGCCUGGUCCGUGAUGGAUGUCAGGGGUGCCAAGAUGAUGAGCCAGGCCAGGAGGGCCAUCAAGGAUGCCUCUACAUGGAGUGGCCGGAAAAAGUGGAUAUUUAUUUCGAGGGUGCCCUCAAGCAGCUCCAUGAAAGAGACUUUUUACAUUUUCUGUGGUCUGUCUACAACAUGCCCAUCAUGUUCGAGGAAGACAGAGAAGUCGCGAUGGCCGAGGCCGUGGAAUUUUUCCACUUUAACUUAAAAGACGAACAAGUAAAGGAGUUCAUCAAAGCCAAAAUGAUGCGUUUGUAGCAUCUCUUCUCUCAUUGAACACUGUCUACUUGCUGAUAUACGAACUGUUUGAAGAAAGACAUAUAUAUUUGCUUCUGAUAUUUUGAUUUUUGAUUUCUCUCCUUUUUCUUUUUAUGUUCGGAUUUUGAACUAUUUAUUAAAAUGUUGGUUAAACUGAAA